AUGGGCGACGACAUUCGUGUUGAGCUUGGCUCAGUCGCGCUCAAUGGCUCAUCGCCCAAGAAGGUCGCUUACUUUUACGAUUCCGAUAUUGGUAACUAUGCCUACGUUACUGGACAUCCUAUGAAGCCCCAUCGCAUCAGACUGGCGCAUAGCUUGAUCAUGCAGUACAACCUCUACCAGAAGAUGGAGAUCUAUCGCGCGAAACCUGCGACCCGAGGCGAAAUGACCCAAUUUCACACGGACGACUACAUCGAUUUCCUGCAAAAGGUCACGCCAGACAAUAUGGAUAGUUUCAUGAGGGAGCAAGGAAAAUACAACGUCGGAGAUGAUUGUCCUGUAUUCGAUGGCCUCUUCGAGUUUUGCGGUAUCAGUGCGGGUGGUAGUAUGGAGGGUGCUGCGCGACUCAACCGACAGAAGUGCGACAUCGCCAUCAAUUGGGCUGGUGGCCUUCAUCACGCCAAGAAAUGUGAAGCCAGUGGUUUCUGCUAUGUCAACGAUAUUGUCCUCGGUAUCCUCGAACUCCUUCGAUUCAAGAAGCGGGUCCUCUACAUCGAUAUUGACGUCCAUCACGGUGAUGGUGUCGAGGAGGCCUUUUACACCACCGACCGUGUCAUGACCGUUUCAUUCCACAAGUAUGGCGAGUACUUUCCCGGAACUGGCGAGCUUAGAGAUACCGGUAUUGGGCAGGGCAAGAACUACGCUGUAAACUUCCCCCUGAGGGAUGGUAUUACUGAUGUGUCUUACCGCUCAAUCUUCCAACCUGUCAUUGAGAAUGUCAUGAAGUACUACCAGCCUGAGGCUGUUGUUCUACAGUGUGGUGGUGAUAGUCUUUCAGGUGAUCGAUUGGGUUGUUUCAACUUGAGUAUGGAUGGACACGCCAACUGCGUGAACUUCGUCAAAAGCUUUAACCUCCCUACCCUUGUUCUCGGUGGCGGUGGCUACACAAUGCGAAACGUCGCGCGAACAUGGGCAUUCGAGACUGGUGUUCUUGUCGGUAAGGAGAUGGAACGAACAUUGCCUUACAAUGAAUACUACGAAUACUAUGCUCCUGACUUUGAGCUGAACGUUCGAUCCUCUAACAUGGAGAACUCCAACAGCCGAGAAUACCUUGAGAAGAUCACUUCCUCAGUCAUUGACAAUCUCCGACAAACUGGUCCUGCACCUUCCGUGCAGCUGCAGGACGUCCCGCGAAAGCCUUUCGGUGGUAUGACCGAUGAGGAGGAGGCUGAAUUGGAUGACCUUGACGAGGAUGAGAACAAGGAUGUCCGUAUGACCGAACACCGCUGGGAUAAGCACGUCGAACAUGACAACGAGUUCGAGGCUAGUGACGACGAUGAGAUGGCUCGCGCGAACGGAGCUACACGCCAAAAUGGCAACAAGCGCAGCUUUAACGAUUACCGCAAGGGAGAGAUGGAUGUCGACACCGCUGAUGCCCCUCCUGCCAAAGCCCCUAAUGGCGCAUCGAAUGAUGGACCCUCUGAGGAACACACUGGUGAAGAAGGGCACGAUGUGAACGACGAUACUAUCGACGACAUUUCGGCUCCAGACCAGCCCGAAAAGGAUCAGGCAGAGAAGACUACUGAAAACCCUGCCGAAAGUGAGAAGGAAACCAAGUCAACAAAUGUUGAUGGAGACGGCGACGUUGGCAUGGAGGACUCGACGGUUACAGAAACACCGAUCAAGAAGGAAGAUGUUGAGCCCGAAGCCCCCACUGAGCCUCCGGCGCCAACAGAAAAGCCAACUCAGGAUGAGCCGGCUGUUGAGGUGGUCUCCGAAACUGCUAAUAAAGAAAAUGCUUCAGAGCCUACCCCCGCCGAAAAGGUCGAAGAGAAGCCUGCAGAGGAAACCAAGGAAGCUCAAAGCGAACAACCUGCCGAUGCUAUGGACGUCGAUACGGAGAAGGAUAAGCCAGAGCAACCUGAGGAGAAGAGUAAAAGCCCAGCAAACUAG